AGGAAACCCAUGAUUUCCUGAUACUCGGCAAGCUGGAGGAAGCAAGGGGAAAACUCCAUUAAAAAGCCCAGCUUUCCUCCAUGUUAGAUAUGAAGUGGAAAAUGGGGAAGAUUUAGCAAAAUUCCACCGUGUCUUCAGCCAGGCUGAAGAGGGGAAGAGCAGAGUGAAACCCUCAAGCUGUUGACAUUUCUAAGUUGCCAGGAAGCUCCUAGAAUUCGGUGAAAAUGAGGGUUUCUUAACUCAAACUGAUAGGAAAAAGGGAGAGACCCUCUUAUUCCACCAAGAGUGUCACAUUUCUUUACCAGUAUGGUGAGCAAGAGGGCAUGGGCCGGCUGCCUGGGACAGGUCUGUCUGAGGCCGGGCGCCCAGAGCAAGUCAGAGUGAUCUGAAGCCCGCCGCGCGCUCCUCGCCGCUCCGGGGGCUCCGGGAAAGCAGGAGAGGCAAGAGCAGCUGAGCGGUCCCCGCAGCUGGAGCCCUGCCGCAGGCAUGAACUGCAAGGAGGGAAGUGCCAGCAGCUGCGGCUGCGGCCGCACGGAGGAGAAGAAGAUGCUGAAGUGUGUGGUGGUGGGGGACGGCGCUGUGGGCAAGACCUGCCUGUUGAUGAGCUACGCCAAUGAUGCCUUCCCUGAGGAGUACGUGCCCACUGUGUUUGACCACUACGCAGUUACUGUGACAGUGGGAGGCAAGCAACACUUGCUCGGACUGUAUGACACUGCAGGACAGGAGGACUACAACCAACUGAGGCCGCUCUCCUAUCCCAACACUGAUGUGUUUUUGAUCUGCUUCUCUGUCGUAAAUCCUGCCUCUUACCACAACGUCCAGGAGGAAUGGGUCCCAGAGCUGAAGGACUGCAUGCCUCACGUGCCUUACGUCCUCAUAGGGACCCAGAUUGAUCUCCGCGAUGACCCCAAAACCUUGGCCCGCUUGCUGUAUAUGAAAGAGAAACCUCUCACUUAUGAGCAUGGUGUGAAGCUUGCAAAGGCGGUACAGUCAGAUUUGAAUUUAAUUUUAAAUAUUGGAGCACAGUGCUAUUUGGAAUGCUCGGCCCUGACCCAGAAAGGCCUCAAAGCAGUUUUUGAUGAAGCAAUCCUCACCAUUUUCCACCCCAAGAAAAAGAAGAAAUGCCGCCCGGAGUGUCACAGCUGCUGUUCAGUUCUCUGAAGUUGCUUGAGACCCCCAUCCCACCCCGUUUAAGGGUGAGACCAAGCUCUGCGACCGAGCUCAAGCCAAUGAGGAGGCCAUGCCAGAGAGAAGCCCCUCCACCCAGAGGCUCUUGCGCCCAAUGAGCCCUUCCACGCACAGACACACUCGUCAGCCCACUGCCACGUCCUCCCCACCAGUCAGAGCAUCCACGUUGAACACACUGCAAGAACGCUGAGCCCAGAUCCAGCCAGUGUCGCUGCUGAGCAUGAUGGAAACAAAGUCAAAGGCCAUCUUGCGUUUUGCUUCUCCCUGUCCAAGACCAUGAAGCUGAUAGGAAAUCACCACAGAAAACCAAAAGAGGAACCCAAUUCCUGUAUUGGUGGCCUUAAUGUCUUUUACAAAACAUGGGAAUACAAUACUAACCUUUUUUUCUGAAUCUACUGUUCUUCCUAUGUGUCUUACAGUCAUUUGUAUUAUUUUAAGAAAUUUACUAAUUUACCAGUUUACUCAGGCCUCACAAAUCCAUACCAAAUUAGCUUAAAGACAAAAGGUUUUAUAUUCAUUUCUAUUUUCAGCAUGUUUCUACCAAGGCUAUUAGAACCAAGACAUACCUCUGAAUGCCCGACAACAAGAAGAUACAAGAAAACAUUGAAACUUGGAAACUUACAGAGCCAUGAUUUUUUAACCUGGUUGAAAGAAAUGAGGGCAUGAAUUGUUGCACGUCCACAUUUUUGCAUAAGAUUCACCCUAGAAAUGCUUACAUUGAUAGGAAGCCUUAUUUUUUCCAUAUUAUACUGUCACAGCAACUUACAAAAAUGAACUGUGUUUAAGAAAGUAGUACUUCUGCUUUUCAAUCAAAUUGAUUGCAGGGAGAAUAUGUCUGGCUUAUCUUUUAAAAUAUUCUUAUUCAGCAAAGUGAACUUUUUUUUAAGUAUAGUUUUUUUAUUGAAAUAUAGUUGAUAUACAAUAUUAUAUUGGUUUCAAGUGCACAACACAGUGAUU